GCCUCGUUUAAAGGUCCAAAUAUUAUGCGACACCGGACAUAAGAGGACUGCAAACAGUGAACCCAUCUACAUGAGAAAUAAUAUAAAGACAGCAAGAGGAUUCCAUAUAUUUAGGCACACAAUUUCUUGAUGACUAAAUAGACAAUUUUUGUCAUAGCAAUGAUCAGUUAUGAUGUGGUAGUAGUGGGGGCAGGGGUAGAAGGAUCAGCUACAGCCUACACCCUCGCUAAGAAUGGACAAAGGGUGCUGCUUCUGGAACAGUUUCCGCUCCCGCAUACACGAGGUAGUUCCCACGGGCAAAGCCGCAUCACGCGUGUUGCUUACGCCAGUGACGAUCAUUACGCCAUUAUGAUGAAAGAAUCUCAUAUGCUUUGGCGUAAACUUGAACGAGAAUCCAACACCAGUAUAUUUGAAAACUGUGGAUAUCUCUCUGCUGGUACCCCUGACGACCCUUUCAUCAAAGAUACAAUAACGUCACUGAGGACACAUGGGGUUAAACAUGACGUCAUCAGUCAUAGUGAGCUACAAAUUAAGUAUCCAAUGAUCAACGUUCCUGCGGAGGCUAUAGGUGUUCUUGACCACAGCGGGGGAAUACUGAAGGCGAACAAGGCAUUGUAUGCAUUCCAGGAAGUGUUUAAGCGUCACGGAGGAACAAUAAACGAUGGAGAACAGGUAAUUCAAAUAAUUCCCGGAGACGUAAUAACUGUAAAAACCUCCAAAUCGACAUACCAAGCUCUUCACGUGGUGAUUACUGUUGGUCCAUGGGCACACAAAUUUCUGUCAUCUCUGGGUCUUCAUCUUCCAAUGAAGGUGGUACGGAUAUCAGUCCACUACUGGAAAGAGAAAUGGAGCGGUCAAUACUCAAUGCAAAAGUUCCCAACUUUUAUGUAUGGAAAAGUGUAUGCCAUGCCAUGUUUUGAAUAUCCUGGACACGUCAAGGCCUGUCUCCACGAUGGACCAGAGAUAGACCCCGAUGACAGGGACGCAGUGAAUACAAAUGACGUCACCGAAGCAGUACGGAAGUACGUGUCUGAACACCUUCCAGGACUGGAAACGGUCCCCUCAGUGACCGAAACAUGCAUUUACACAAUGACCCCAGACAGACAGUUUAUAUUAGACAAUCAUCCAGAGUGGAAAAACAUAAUCAUAGGAGCCGGUUUUUCUGGUCACGGAUAUAAGUUGGCUCCUAUUGUUGGUAAAGUACUGACGGAACUUGUCCUCAACAAGGAACCCUCCUACGAUCUGUCACGAUGUCGGAUCCGAAGAUUUCUUCCUCCCAAGCACCAGUUAUAGGAAAAGGGCUUAAAUGGGCUAAAAUAGACAAUAUGCCUGCUACCGAAUCCCAUUUACUUUCUGUGAAUAAAAUUAUGUAUAUAAAGAAAUAUAUAGGAUUGACUGAAGAAGCCAGACGUUAGAUUACUUUCUAUUCUUCCUCGAAAAUUACACUUAAAAAAAUUCUGUUUAGAAUUUUGUUUAUGAUAGUUUUUCCAAGAAAACCAAAAUAUGAAUACUAAGUAGUAUUUAAAGUUUUUCUCAUUGUGUGUGCGCGCGUGUGUGUGUGAGAGAGAGUGUGUGAGGGAGGGUGUGUCGGCGUGUGUAUGUGUUUGUUUGUUUCAUGCACUGAUGUAAAGAUGUGAAAAAAAUGCAAUGGAAAUUGUCGGGGUUUUGCAAACAAUUAUUUAAAAUACUUUUGUAAACCCUCUAAAUAUUAGUGGUUUUAUCAUAAAUUCAGUUAUUGGACUAUUUUUAGAUUUUGUCCACAUGCAAAUGGAACGUAUAUCGCACGAUUCAUGCAUUUUAGGAUUUUCUGAAACCAGAAAAGACCCAAAGGUUUUAGCUAAAAUUCCUAAAAAUACAACUAAACAGACAUAAAAAAAAUUGUAUCAUUAUGAAAUAAAUCAAUUAUACCUAUUACUUUAUCUUUUAUAGAAUGAUGGGGAAAAUCACCCCACUAUGGUUGAUAAUAAUGCUCUAGUGUAGCCCCCCCCCCCCCCCCCCGAAAGUUUGCUCUAGAUAGAAGAACUACAGAAGAAUUUUCGGGGGAAUUCUUACUAUCCCUAAUAUGGAACUUCUGUUCUAUAUCUAAAUUUAUGAGUAACUAGAUUUUCUUCAUUGUGUUUUUCCUUUGUUUACUGUAUGACUAUCAAAGAGCAUAUUUAUGUAAAGGUUCUUCUGCAGAACUUAAGGUUUUUUUCACCAGAUGAUCAUUUUGGGGUACUUAAUGAUGCCAUAAUGUAUGAAAGUGUUCCAACAAAAUAAAUAACUUGCAAUAUGAAAUCAAAA